AUGCUUCACCUGAAGUCGCCGCCCAAGCUGUGGCACUUAUUCAGGCCGGACACAGCCAAAGAAACGAAGAAGGUCUACCGACGUAAGGGAGAGCGUUUCGCACAAAGCUGCUUUGAAGAGAGGGUUGCUUAUGGCGGUGGCUCAAGGACUGUCUGGGGCGGUAUAUCCGCGAGCGGCAAAACUCAACUUGAGGUUGUUACAGGACCACGGCUGCCAACAUUAAAUGCUGAAAGGUACAUUCGUGAGUGCUUAGGACCUCACGUGAUACCAUACGCGGACUAUGUGGGCCCAAAUUUUCUUUUUAUGCAUGAUAAUGCAAGAACCCAUGCGGCCGGCAUCGUCAGGGAAUAUCUUCGGGAUGUGAAUAUCACAGUUAUGGACUGGUCAGCCAGAAGCCCAGACAUGAACCCCAUUGAGCACAUGUGGGACGAGCUAAAAAGACGUGUUAGGGCUCGUCAGCCAGUUGCCCAGACGAUGCAGGAGUCAAAAACUGCCAUAGAAGAGGAAUGGGAGAUGAUCCCUCAAAACUUCAUAGAGCGGUUGAUAAACUCUAUGCCUAAUCGUAUGAGAGCUGUGGGAGACAAAACCCAGCUGAAGAACUAUCGACCCAUUUCCCUCCUAAGCCACGUAUAUAAGCUGUUCUCAAGAGUGAUCACGAACCGACUUGCGCGGAGACUCGACGAAUUCCAACCACCGGAGCAGGCUGGGUUUCGGAGCGGAUACGGCACCAUAGACCACAUCCACACAGUGCGGCAGAUUAUACAGAAGACCGAAGAGCCCAUACCGUUGCAUCGAGGAGUGAGACAAGGGGAUGUUAUUUCCCCGAAACUGUUCACUAAUGCAAUGGAGGAUAUGUUCAAGACGCUGAACUGGAAAGGACGCGGCAUCAACAUCAAUGGCGAACACAUCUCUCACUUGCGAUUUGCUGACGAUAUCGUCAUCAUGGCGGAAACGCUACAGGACCUACAACAGAUGCUGAACGACCUGGCCGAAUCUUCUCUACGCAUCGGCCUACGGAUGAACUUGGACAAAACCAAGGUCAUGUUCAAUGAACAUGUUCUACCGGAACCGAUUGCGAUACACGGCGCCGUUCUCGAAGUUGUUCGGAAAUAUGUAUACCUCGGGCAGACAUUGCAGUUAGGUAGAAACAACUUUGAGGACGAAGUGAAUAGGAGAAUUCAGUUGGGUUGGGCUGCAUUUGGGAAGCUACGUCGAGUCCUAACAUCGUCGAUCCCACAGUGCCUAAAGACAAAAGUCUUCAAUCAGUGCGUCCUACCUGUCAUGACUUACGGAGCCGAAACGUGGACACUGUCGGUACGGCUGGUCCACAAGUUUAAAGUCGCUCAGCGGGCUAUGGAAAGAGCUAUGCUUGGCAUUUCUCUGAGGGAUCGCAUCAGAAAUGAGGUAAUUCGUCAGAGAACCAAAGUCAUCGAC